AUGCGACCGGAUGGCCCUCGAGAUCCUGUAACCGGGCCUGAUGGAGGCCCGAAGCCUCCCUAUCCCAUCCGCCUGGCCGGCCCGGUCAUCAAGGGCUUUGGGCGGGGCAGCAAAGAGUUGGGUAUUCCAACCGCCAACAUUCCGGCCGAGGGCCUCGCUGCAUAUCCGGACCUGCAGGUGGGCGUUUACUAUGGGGUGGUGGCCUUGGAUCCGGCCCGAUUCGCCUUUGAGGAUGCCUCGUCGCCGAUCCGACCGGCCGUGUUGAGCAUUGGGUACAAUCCUUUUUAUAAGAACCAGACACGGUCGAUCGAAAUUCAUAUCAUGCCAUCUCUUUCGGCGCCGUCCCCUACCGCGGACGGCGGUCCCACGAAGUUCCACAAGCUCCCGGAUUUCUAUGGCACAGACCUGCGCCUAUUGAUCUUGGGAUACAUCCGACCAGAGUACGAUUAUGUAUCACUUGAGGCAUUGGUGGAGGAUAUUCGCCUGGACUGUGAGGUGGCGCGUCGGAGUCUGCAGCGGCCAGCAUAUGCGUGUUAUCUGGCCGGGGAAGAAUGCGCGGAGGACGUAAGGGAGGCGCGCCAAUGGCUGACCCGGUUCGAAUCACAAUAA